AUGUACCACUAUGUACCUAACCCUGCUCCCCUGAUCGCCGCACGCGCCGCGCACACACUCCUGCCUACUGAGCAGCCACCUCCGGGAUCUCCCACAGAGACACCCGGGGAGGCGCAGCUCGCCUGGGGGUGGGAACAGAAGAAGCAGCCUUCUUCUCAACUUCCCACUUCAGAGUCCUACCCUACCACCAUCCGUUCCGAUACUCACCUUGGACCGAACACCACUCCUCUUGCCACCCUCCUCCUCCUCCUCCUACUCCUCUCACUCCUCCUCUUACUCCUCACGACACCUCCACCCUUCCAUCACUCUCCUACCCUUCUCCCGUCCACUCCAAUACUCACCUUCGGACCUGACACCUUUGCUCUCCUCCACUCCUCUCCCCUUUCCUCUCUCCUCGGUCUUCCCUCUGACCCUCUUCUGCCAACCCUCCGCCAAGUUACAACCUUCCGCUGCUGUCCCGUACCCUGUACUCGGACUACACUCAUACCUUUGCUCCGAGAUUCCAUCAUAGUUCCAACCUCGGACUUUGACUCCACCUCAGCUUAA